CUGUUGAAAGGCAACUAAAUUCUUGGACCAGAACGCUUUCAAGUGAACUGGACCUAUUUAAAUGUAAAUCCAGUGAUUUUAAAUGAGACAACUUCCGUGACAUAAGGUAGAGUUUUGCGGAUUAAUCCGGGGAUUGGGCAUGGGUGUGGAUUCCCUGCUCCUUCUUUUGAAUUUUCUGUGUUAUAGUGGCCAUGGAUUACGUAUCCCCCUGCCAGCUGAUAUCGAUGGAGAUCCUCAAGGAGAAGUGAGUAUUGUUGUACGGGAUGGCGGGGAUAAACUCCUCAGGUCAUUGGAAGGGGCGUCCAUUCCCUCCAAAAGUUUGGAAAUAUCAUUUCCAUUGAGAAGAAAUCACGUGACAUUGCAUCUAGUUCGAAACGACGAAAUCUCCACAAAUGUCCCAUUGUACACAAUGAAUGAUAAUGGUUUUAUCACCAGCGAAUCUAUCGAGGAUGAUCAGAACACAUUUCUGUACCAAGACAUUUCUAACGGAGCAGGCGUUCUCGUUCAAACUACAGAGACCUCAUACUGUUUGUUUGGCAGUUUUUAUGUGGACGAGGAGGAGUUUUUCUUAGAGCCUACACAGAGGUACUGCACCGACACUUCGAUAAAUUCCACCUUUAGGGUGUGGAAAGUGAAUCUCUCCGGACUCCAGUUCUCUGACGUCACAGGAGACGAUCACUUUGACUAUACGAAACCGCUUUCUAGGAAACACGACUUAAGAUUCAAACGAAAUAUUCAGGACCUGAAAGUUGAAACUCUUUUCAUCAUAGACUACUCUAUAUAUAGCUAUUGGUUGUCAAAAGUUACCGUUGACGACGAAGCAGAGAGAUCCCAAGCAGCCAAGAGUGCCAUCAGACAGUUCUACGCUUUUGUUAUCAAUGGGAUGGAUGUUCGAUACAAAAAUAUUCAUUCGACAUCGUCUAGUUUCACCCUUUCAGUUGUAUUCGCUGGCAUUUAUAUCGCUGAUACGGCGUCAAAGUCCUCUUUUACCGAGGACCAGAAGAUAUCGUCUACGUCACCUAUUCAAGCAGACGCUUACUCCGUUCUCAAUCACACGACACUCUGGAUACAACAAGCGGCAGGAAUCCCAGAAUUCGACCAUGUGAUGAUGUUUUCUCGAUAUGAUUUCACCCAUAAUGACUCCUCCUCCGUCGUGGGGAUGGCUUGGUCCGGGGCUAUGUGCACACAGAACAGCGUCUCAAUAGUGGAGGAUCAUUUUAAUUUCAUCGUUCUCACCGUGGCUGCUCAUGAACUAGGACACAGUCUAAACGCUUCCCAUGACGGUACGGACAACACGUGUAACAGUACAGAGAUGUACGUAAUGGCCCCUUUUGUUGACGUGCAGAGAGGACUGCUCAACUCGUGGAAUUUUUCAACAUGUUCCAUUCAAUAUUUUACAGACUUUAUAACGAAUCUAAACCAGGAGGGCAAUAACUGUCUACGGACCUUACGAAGUGGUUAUGAUCCCACCGCCUUAGUCCCAGAAAUCAGUACUCUGCCUGGUACUUUGUACGAUGCAGACGAACAUUGCCGCCAUAUUGUUGGAGAGGGGUCCUAUUUUUGUAGAUAUCCAUACAAUAACGAAUAUUCGGACAUCUGCACUAUAUUGUACUGUCACGUGAUUAACGAAACAAGUUGCAAUGCAUACUUGGGUGGCGAUGGUCUCUCAUGUGGUGAUAAAAAGUGGUGUAUAUCGGGCGUGUGUACCUCCUCGGAGUCGGCGCCACCAGGAAAUGAGAAAUGCCUGUAUGGCGAUGACCCAGAUUUUCGUUUAGUUAAUUCCACAGUGGACAACUGUCAAGGGAAUGGGAACAGCGUACAAAGGAAUCCUGCACUGUGUUAUGAAGAGUCGGUGGAAAUGAGCUGCUGCAAAACUUGUUCCAAUCUCUACACUGGAAUAUCAGGUUGUGAAUUUGGGGAUAAGAAUUCAAAUUGCACCUCCCUGGAUUGCGAUGUAAAUGCAGAUGUUUGUUGUCAAACGUGUCUCGCAUCCACCAUCUCAACACUGUUAACAGCAGAGACAACAGUAGAAAUAACAGCACCACCAGCAUCAUUAACUUUAACUCCGGAAGUCACCGAAGUGUCUAUAUCACCAACAUUACCGACAACACUAGCAAUUACAAAUACAGAGACAUAUUCAACAUCAACUUCUUUGACAAGUUCCAAAUCUUUGGCAACAAGUCCAACAGCUACUGGUACAACAUCACCUUUAUCAUCAACUAGUACAACAUCAGCACCACUAACAACUAUAACAUCACUGACAACAAGUGCAACAUUAUUGCCGACGAGUACGCCUUCACUGGCAGGAAGCACAACAUCAUCACAACCAAUGAGUAGUUCAACACCUCCACCACAGACAUCAUUAGUUACUACAAGCACAACAUCACCAGCAACAAUUAAAACACCACUGACAAGUACCACAUCACUGACAACAAGUACAGCAACAUCACCAACGACAACAAGUACAGCAACAUCUCUGACAACAAGUACAGCAACAUCACCAACGACAACAAGUACAGCAACAUCUUUGACAACUAGUACAGCAACAUCACCAACGACAACAAGUACAACCUCACCGACGACAAUAAGUACAGCAACAUCACCAACAACAACAAGUACAACAUCACCGACGACAAUAAGUACAGCAACAUCACCAACGACAACAAGUACAGCAACAUCACCAACGACAACAAGUACAGCAACAUCACCAACGACAACAAUGACAGCAACAUCCCUGACAACAAGUACAACAACAUCACCAACAACUAUUACAACAACAUCACCGACAACAAGUACAACAACAUCACCAACAACUAUUACAACAACAUCACCGACAACAAGUACAACAACAUCACCAACAACUAUUACAACAACAUCAUCGACAACAAGUACAACAACAAAAUCUAUACAAACAACAUCCGUAACGACAACUAAGACAUCAACACAGACAUCUACAUCAUUAUCGACACACACAGCAUCAACAACUACUCCAUUGUCGACGACAACAUCACCAUCAACACUCACUCCAACAACACAGAGGAAAUUGAAUUUCCAAAUUACGUUAAAUGUAGAGGAAAGAAGAAACAUCGUUAACACUGAGGAAUACACAAAAGUACUUAACGAUUCAAAGAAAGCUUUAACAGACUUGUACACGGACAAACUGGGAGAAAGCUUCAUCAGUGUUGAAAUAGAAUCCCUAAGGAUUGGUUCAUUGAUUGUUAAUCAUGCUAUUUACGUUGUGAAUUCACCUCCAACAUUGCUAAACGUCGUGAAUGUGAUGAAGAAUAUAUCAGAAGGGAAAACCAACGUCACAUACAACGGAAAUGACGUCAACGCUUUAUCAGUUUCCUACACCGAUUCCUCUAACAAUCAAGUGCUGAUCAACGAAAGAACAGACUCGGAUGCUGUUAUUGAUGCCAGCUUUAUCUGUGAUGCAAACGGUGCUUGUUAUCGAGAUUCUAGCACGACGAAAGCAGACAAUGGACUAACAGACUCGGAAAUAAUAAUAAUCGCGUCAGUAUCUGCUGUGGUGGGGCUGAUGAUUACCGUCGCCAUAGUGAUCAUAAUUUGCACGUGCCGCAGAAAACCAAAGAAGACUCCUACAACAACAAAUAGGGAAUUCAAGCACUUCCUCUUCUCCAAAAACACCACGGACCUCCUCGACAGUUCUAGGACUUUUCAAAAUGUUGCUAUGGACAACAUGCCAUCGAUGGAACAUCACGAUGAUAUAAAUAGUGGACAUUACGCAAGAGUGAAUAGGGUUCCGAGUAGACAAAGGGAUGUUUAUGAGACCAGUUAUGACGUACGCGAGACGACAGCAAUCGGACAAAAUGAUUCUUAUUCAGCUAGUAAUAGUUUGAGAGAUGAUAGGGCCCAGGUUGGAAAACCUGAUGGCUACAGAACUGGAAGAGCGAUUGCGGACAGUAACAUUUCAAACGAACAACUCCAAGAUUUCAGAACUAAUCAUGGUGCGAGUUAUGAUCGUGAGCCAAGAAAACAAACGGGCAGGAUUCAGAACACCCAACUGGGUGCAGACUUUAGAGUGAAUCAGAUGAUUCAAAACAGACGACCUGAUGCUUACAGAAAUAAUUAUGGUGCAAGUGAAGUUUAUAAUACAAGUGGCGGUUUUACACCCAAUCAUCAUAAAAGAGACGAUGCCAUUGCAAGUAGAAAGACGGAUAUAUACAGAGCUGGUUAUAAUUCUAAAGUGGAGAAGAUUUCAAACAUUCACCAAGGUAACACCGGGUAUAAUUCUCGAGAGACUGGAAUUCAGAGUAGAUAUCCAGACGGUUCCGGAUCCAGAUAUACCGGAAAUUAUAGGGAACGCAUGGUGCCAAGCUCACAGAGUGAAUUCGACGUAAGGACGCCACGCGACAAAUCACGAGGUAAUGUAACAGACAAGUAUCACGACAGAUCACAUGGUAAUGUAGCAAACAGGUCACAUGACAUAUCACGUGGUAAUGGAGCAGAAUAUGGCCGACGAUGGUAUCCAGGAUAUGAGCAAUAUUUGUCAGAGAACGACUUGCGGAAACCUCCUGGAUCCUCUCGAUACACUGACAAAUGUGAGGUGAUUGUUAGCUGGAAAGAAGAAGGCGAUCGGGUCCGACGCUCAACAGACGGUGUGUCAGUUCCCGCCAAAAAUAUCGCCGUCAGUUUCCAACUGAAUGGUGGGGUAGUGGACCUUCAUUUAACCAGAAACGAUGAGGAGUCCGUGAAUGUCCCCGUAUACACAACAGAUGGGAGAGGAGAAGUCGUUAGACAGUAUAUACAGGAGAAAUCUGUUAGUACAAACGUGUUUCUCUAUCAAGAUAGAAAGAAAUUUGCAGCCUUCUACGUCGAGACAGUGGAGACCUCCUCGUGUAUGUUUGGAAGCUUUGAAGACAAAGCAGAAGAAUAUUUUCUGGAACCAAAAGAAAGAAAUUGUAGCAGGAAAACUUCACCGAUGUUCAAAAUAUUGAAGGCCAAGACCUCACAUAUUGAAUUUGCAGACAGCGUUAUAAUGGACAAGAAGCGUAAUCUUACACCUCUAUCACAGAAUAUGGACACCAUCAGAGAAAAAAGAUCGACACCGGAAUACAAAAUAGAAACGCUUUUGAUAAUUGACUACUCUGUUUACAGUUAUUGGUACACGCAGAGUAAAGCAGCAACGCCUGUUCAGAAAGACACAGAAGCGAAGACCAACAUCCGGCAGUACUACGCAUGGGUUAUCAGCGGGAUGGAUGUGCGAUACAAGAACAUUCAGACCGCUGCCUACACAAUGUCUAUUGUCUACGGAGGUGUCUACAUAGCAGACACAGCCUCUAAAUCCUCUUUCACGGAAAACAACAAGGAUUCCUCCACCCCAACACCAAAGGUGGACGCCUCCACAGUUCUUAAUGACGUCACUUCCUGGGUGAAAAAUACAGCAGGACUCCCCAGCUAUGAUCAUGCUAUGAUGUUUUCAAGGUAUGACUUCACCAGUCAGGGGUCGAGUAGUAACACUGGGCUGGCGUGGGUAGGAGCAGUGUGUACAGCAGACAGCGUCUCUAUUGUAGAGGACCACUUUAAUUUUAUCCUACUGACAGUGGCUGCUCAUGAAUUAGGUCACAGUUUGAGCGCAGAGCAUGAUGGGACAAAUAAUGCUUGUAACGGCGCAGAUGCAUACAUAAUGGCGGCAUCAUCAUCUCUGGUAGCGAACACAAAUCCAUGGAAAUUUUCCUCUUGCUCGAUUGCGUAUUUCACAAACUAUAUCAACACUCUCAACAAUGGAAAUGGAAAUUGUAUGACAACAUUAAGUGCAAGUUUUGACCCGACUGCUUUGAACCAAUACACAAGAUUACCUGGCCAGGUGUAUGAUGCAGACGCAAUGUGUAAGCACAUUCUCGGAUCCGGAUCAUCUUUCUGUCAGUUUCCUUAUAACAACAAUUUCACGAGUGUCUGCAGCACCCUCUGGUGUCACAAAACAGACGGAAGUGGGCAGUGUCAGUCGGCAUUGGGAGGAGACGGCCUGCAAUGUGGCAACAGAAAGUGGUGUAUAGCAGGCGUGUGCACGUACGACAACUGUGCUCCGGCAGGGGACGAAUCUUGUUUAUAUGGUGAGAAGAGUGGAGUGGUAUUUGCAGAUAAAACAUGCGCUGACAUCGCUAAUGAACCAUACAUAUGCUACACUGCAUCUGUCGCCAAGGACUGUUGUAAAACAUGCGGCAACUUCUACACCGGACGGCAAGGCUGUGAGUAUGGUGAUAGGACUUCAGUCUGUACCAGUGCUUACUGUCCUCAAUAUGGGGAUUUCUAUUGUUGUGGAACGUGUUAUACUGGUUCAAGUAUAAUUACAAAUACAACGACAGAGACACCAAAUUUAUGUACAACAAAGGCUCUGCAAGUUAUUACUACAACAAGAAGCACAACUACCACGGAGCGAAGCACAACUACCACCGAACCUACCAUAACUACACGAACAACCACAUCUACACCACUAACUAAAACCACAGCAACACCACCACCACCAACAUCCACUACUACAACCACACCAACAAUAACUACAACCACAACACCAAUAACUACAACCAUAACAACAACAGCAAUAUCAACACCACUAACAACAACCACACCACCAACCACACCACCAAUAAGCACAACCUCAACACCAAUAACCACAACACCAAUAACUACAACCAUAUCACCAAUAACCACCACUACAACACCACUAACAACAACCACACCACCAACCACACCGCCAAUAACCACAACACUACCACCAACUACAACCACUACACCAACAACAUCCACUAAAACAAUUACACUACCAAUAACCACAACCACAACACAAACAAAGACACCAACACCACAAAUAACUACAACCACACCACCAACUAGAACACCAAUAACUACAAUAUCAACACCAAUAACUACAACACUACCACCAACUACAGCCACAUCAACACCAACAACAUCCACUACUACAACCACACCACCAACAACCACUACCACAACACAAACAAAGACAUCAGCACCACAAACAACUACAACCACACCACCAACUAGAACACCAAUAACUACAACCUCAACACCAAUAACUACAACACUACCACCAACUACAACCACAUCAACACCAACAACAUCCACUACUACAACCACACCACCAACAACCACUACCACAACACAAACAAAGACAUCAGCACCACAAAUAAUUACAACCACACCAUCAACCAAAACACCAAUAAACACAACCUCAACACCAAUAACUACAACACUACCACCAACUACAACCACAGCAACACCAACAACAACAUCCACUACUACAACCACGCCACCAACAACCACUACCACAACACAAACAAGCACAACAACACCACUAACUACAACCACAACAACACCACAACCAACAACAUCUACUAUUACAACAACAGAAAUGACUACAACGACACCACCAAACACUACAACACCAAUAACCAUAAUUACAUCACCAAAAGCCACAACCACAACACCAAUACCCAUGAACUCAACAGUACCACCAUCAACUACAACACUACCACUAACAACCACAACACACUCAACAACUACAACCACAACAUCAAUAACCACAGCCACAAGACAACCAAGCACAACACCAUCAACAACCAUAACACCAACAACAACUACAACCACAAGACAAAUAUCUAGAACCACAAGACCACCAAGCACAACACCAAUACCUACAAUCACAACACCAUCAACAACCACAACACCAAUAACCACGACGUUAAUACCAACAACUACAACCACAUCGACACCAGAAUUCUGUUUACAUGGUGACAAGAGCGGAGUUGUAAUUAGUUAUGAUGGAGCAGAUAAAACAUGUGCUGACAUCACUGAUCAACCAUACCUAUGUUACACUGCAUCUGUUGCUAAGGACUGUUGUAGAACAUGCGGCAACUUCUACACCGGAAGGCAAGGAUGUGAGUAUGGUGAUAGGAUUGCGGGAUGCAUCAGUAUUUACUGUCCUCAACAUGGAGAUACUUAUUGUUGUGAUGUGUGUUAUACUGGUCCAACGACUGAGACAUCAAAUUUAUAUACAACAACGACUCUGCAAGCUGCUACUCCAACUGUAGCCACAAGCACUACUAAUACCGAACCUACCACAACUACACUAACAACCACGCCACCAACAACAACCACGCCAAUGCCAACACCAACCACAACACUGAUACCUGCAACCACAACACCGAUAACUACAACCCCGCCAACACCAACCACAACACUGAUAGCUGCAACCACAAUACCAAUAAGCACGACCACAUCACAAACAAUCACGAUUGACAAAUCAACAAGUAUAACUUCUGGAAUAAGCACUGCCAACAUACUGACAACCAUUACAAGUUUACCUUUAACAACUACUGCAACGUCUACAACUGAACAAAGUAGCAAGACAGCCCCAUCCAUCAAUGCACUAAGCACUACAUCGGAAGCAGCAGUGUCGACUGAUACUCUAGAAUCUACAACAGAUUCAUUAACAAAGACUCCUCCGACAACAUUCUUGUCAUCAACAACAUCUAUAGAGAUUUUAACAACAGAGGAAAGAUAUUCAACAACACCGACUUCAAAUUCAAUUAUUUCUACUACAGAAACAUCUGCAACAACCACUGACGAAUCAACAACAGACCUGUCAGAUUCAACUACAACAACUUUUCAGUUCAGUCCAACAACAACGGAGUCAUUAGAACCAACCACAUCUGAAGUUUUGAUAGCAUCUACAGAGGAUGUAGUACCGGCAAGUACAUCGAAUCCUGUAGACACAACGGUUACUACUUCAGACAGCAUAAUCACACAAACACCACCAACUACAACAUACACUAUGCCAACAUCUACCACCACUUCAAAUCCUACCAAGAGUUCUACAACACAACCAACCACAACUGUAACUACAACACAACUAACCACAACCACUACUGUAACUACCACACAAUCGACCACUUCAAAUCCUACAACGAGUUCUACCACACAACCAACCACCACCACUACUGUAGCUACCCCACAACCAACCACCACCACUACUACUACCACACAAACUACCACCGUAGCAAGAAACAUCCAGAGAACAUUUAUAUUUGUGAUACGGCUGGUGAUUGUAGUGACCGAGGAUUUCACCAUCAGUACCCAGUAUUUACUUGUCAUUACAAGGGCGGAAUCUGCAUUGACGGUACUUUAUCAAAGAAGACUUGGAAGUCGAUUCCGGGGCUGUAAAGUGAAGAGAGUGAGGCGUGGAAGUCUUAUCGUUGACUAUGACGUUUUCACUGAUACCGAGGCUACAGCGACAUCAGAGGUAAUAUCAGUUGCCCAGGAUCUGGUUUCCGGUAAAGAAAACGUGACGUAUAACGGACAGGAAGCACCAGUGUCAUCUGCUGCUUUUGUUGACUCAUCUGGAAAUAAUGUAAACAUUACCAACAGCACUACUGGAUGUCAACUUCUGGAAUCCUCAGGGACUUGUGAGUCUGGAUAUGAGUGUGUUGAAGGGACAGCAGGUCCCUACUGCCGAGCGAUGUUAAACUACGAUGAGCAAAUGUUAAUCAUCAUUGGUGCAGUGGUCGGUACCUUUUCUCUUAUUGUUGUGACAGCUGUGGUAUUGGUGUUAUGUAUAUGUUGUAAACAACAGCGUAAAGACAAGGGAAAGCAUCAUUAUGGAGUGGAAAACCCAGCUAUGAUACCGGAUGACGUUGGUUAUAAAGGUCUUAAAUACGAGAAUGGCAAUCAGGCAAGCAUCGUAUCUAAUGGAAUGAGUAGUUCACUUAACGGAAAGAGAUGGUAUCCAGGAUACAGCGAAAUGGUACCAAACGACACGUGGCAUCAGCAACCAAUGAAUACCGUCAGAUAGUUCAUUCCCAGGCCAAAAUACGAACACAUGUACAUGCCUUUCAUUCAAUUUUCGGUCUUUGAAUGCUAUUGAAUUGCAAUUCAUUGUACAUUCUGGUUAUUCAAUAUUCAUCCUGGAUUCUUUACACUGUCAAUCCAUUCCACAUGUUCGUUAUUAGUAUCGAUUCAAUGUCAACUAUGUAAUUAACUCGAAAUCUUAAAAAAAACAAUAUGUGCCAAAUGUGUUUAUUGAAGUUGUUUAUAUGUUUUUGUUGUGCAAUAGCAUAUACUUGUAUGUUUGAUUAAUUAUGUAUUUCUAACAUGUACAUAUGUUUUUGUUUCUAUUAAAUUGAAAUAUGAG